AUGACGCGACCGCCAGCGGCCGUGCUAGUGCUGCUGUCGUGCGUCAUCCGCAUGUCGCCGUGGCCGGGGUUCACCGUGGUCACGGGCACUUGGGUCGGCCACCCGGAAUCGCCGUUCGCAGACCGGAUGGCGCUGUUCGAGCACGUGCUGAUGAACGACGACCGGUGGUCGCAGGUGCUCAAGCAGAAGAUCAAGCUGUCCGUGCUCAGCCUGCCGCGGUACCACAUGACGGAAUCCUACAAAGAAAUUUUGAAUCGGGUUCAGUUGGUGGACCCGAAAGAUACACGGGAUCAUACGGUAAUGUAUGUUAUACAGCAACUGAUGGAGAAGACCCCGUGGUCGGGCACCAACGUGAACUUCACCGCGUACGCACUGAGCACCGGCAUCACGUGCUUCACGUACAACAACGUGUCGUUUGUGCUGUCACUGAUCGUCAACCGUAUUGGCAUGUUGGCGCGAAAAAUGAGGAAAUCCAUGGAAAAUAACGACGACGACGGUAAGGACAAGAAGAAGGUCGAAGAGAACGCGGACGGCAACGGCUCGGACAGUGAAAACGGCGAGCCCUCAGACAAGCCCUUAGACAAGGUCGACGACGCGAUGGACGACGUGCGCAUGACGUUAGCAGUGCUCGUGGACAAGGUGGCGGCCUUGGAAGGUGAGCUGGCCUUUUUUGCCACAAGUCUGUACGAUUACGACGGCGCGGAAAGAACCGAAGACGACCUCAUUCUGCUCAGAGUCCUCGAGAUGAUCAAGGAAGAGGUAGACGUCAGGCUUGAACGGCACUGUCACCCCACCCCCCACUCGGAUAUAUACACGUACCUGGGCAAGUAUCAAAGUCUGAACAAAUCUCCACCUCCGCCAGAGGAGCUCGCGCCCAACGAUGAAACGCUGAAAAACGAACUGAUCGAAUUCGAAAAGAUCAUCGACUGCAUGUUAGACGUUUACGACGGACUCGACGUCGAAACGAUGCCCAUGGAGACUUGGUUACCAAUUCUCGAUUACAGAUUACCAGUCAGCAUGGACAUCAAAUUCUACAUAGAUGGCGUGCUUAAAGUUCCGAUUAAACCUGAAGAAACAGGGUCGGACCGAUUAAAAGGGGCGGCGAAAAAAGAAAAAAAGGACGGAGCAAAGCCGAGGAAGAAGAAGUCAAAAAAGAAAAAUAAGGGAAAGAAAAGAAGAUAUACCUAA